GUGUGUGUGUGUGUGUGUGUGUGUGUGUGUGUGUGUGUGUGUACGUGUCUGAAAGAAAGAUCCUGUUAGGUGAUUAAUGGUGACCUCAUCUAUUGGACACUCCAAGGCUGAUUCAGCAGGGUCACUGAUAACACUCUCUCUCUCUCUCUCUCUCUCUCUCUCUCUCUCUCUCUCUGUGCAAUGGCAGUGUCAUGUUACACCCAGGAAGUUAUUUGUGAUGCUGUGUGUAAAUGUGUUAAUAUGAAAGUAAAUGUAGAUAUUAUACAAUAACACCUGAAUGAUCAUACUUUGGGGGCGGGGCUUCAGGAUAAAGACUCUGUGUGUGUUUGGGGGGGGGGCACUAAUGAGAUUUAAUGAGCUAAAGUAUUUAGAACAUUAAUCUGAGCCACGCACACAGUCAGGAUGGAGGCUAUGAUAGUGAAGUCUCUUCUUGCUCCCUUUAGGAAGUUUACUAGCUGUGUGACUGAAACACUGCAGAAAGACAACCUGGGGUCUGAAGGUAAAAGAUCAAAGCUGAUGGAUCAGAACCCAGUUGUGCUACAAGCUUACCAGGCCAAAAAGGAGAAAGACAGAAGGCUCAGGGAGGUUAGGAACAUGGAGAAGAACGCAAUGAGAGCAGCAAUGAGAGCUCAUUUCAGGAGGAAGUAUCAGCUCCCUACAAAUACUGAAGACUCGAGGUGGGUACGAGCCGCAGGCGGAACAGCGAUGAUCUCCAGUCACCUGAACAAAAUGGUACAGUCUAAAACUCCAGAGAAGGAACGGUCUGGAUUACUGAGUGUGUUUGAGAGCCUGAGCUUUAGUACUAGACACACAGCAUGCAGCUCAACAUAGUUAUGUGUUAUGGUAAUGUAGUCAUGUAACAGUCAUGAAGUCAUGUGGCACGGUCAUGUAGUCUUGUGGUAUGGACAUUUAGUCACAUAGUCGUGUGGUACGGUCAUGUAGUCGUGCGGUACCGUCAUGUAGUCGUAUGGUACGGUCAUGUAGUCGUGUGGUACGGUCAUGUAGUUAUGUAGUCAUGUGCUACAGUCAUGUAAUCAUGUGGUACGGUCAUGUAGUCACGUAGCCGUGUGGUACGGUCAUGUAGCUGUGUGGUACGGUCGUGUGGUACGGUCAUAUAGUCAUGUUGACGUGUGGCACGGUCAUGUUAUAGACAUGUAGUCAUGUGGUACGGCCAUAUAGUCAUGUAGCCAUGUGGUAAGGUCAUGUAGUCAUGUGGUACGGUCUUGUGGUACGGUCAUGUAGUCAUGUGGUACGGUCAUGUUAUGGCCAUGUAGUCAUGUAGUAUGGUCGUGUAGUCACGUAGUCGUGUGGUAUGGUCAUGUAGUCGUGUGGUACGGUCAUGUAGUCAUGUGGUACGGUCAUGUGGUAUGGUCAUGUAGUCAUGUGGUAUGGUCAUGUAGAGUCGUGUGGUACGGUCAUGUUAUGGUGAUGUAGUCAUGUGGUACAGUUGUUCUGUAAUGUUUUUUAUUUGUUAAAUUGUUUUGUUUUUGUUUAACUUUUUGUUUGUUGUCAUAAAAAGGUUGUGGUGUUUUUUGUUACAUUUUUUCUUGAUGUAAUACUUUAUGAAGGUGUGGUGUGAUUUCAGCUCUAUUGUACUCUGUGUGUUAUAUUGUGUUUUUGCUCUGUAUUGUGUUUUUGCUCUGCAUUGUGUUUUUGCUCUGCAUUGUGUUUUUGCUCUGUAUUGUGUUUUUGCUCUGCAUUGU